CUCCGAGGCACUUGUUUGUAUCUUUCGUAUACCUUGCGGUCUCCCAGGAUCUCUAAUUAUAAAUUAUAAUUAUAAAGCUAUCGGCCCAGAACUAGUUUCUCUCUCGAUGGUUUUGGACCCUUGUUACUCACCUGAACCACCAGUACCGCUCACCACCACUACCACCACCACCACCACCACCACCAUCACCAUCACCGUCCCAACCAUGGCCGUCACUUUCGACAUCACCCCCGAACGGGAAGCGAGCAAGCUCCACUUCCUCUACCGACAAUUCUUCCUCGCCGCGCCGGCAGUCAGCCCCAAGGAGGUCGACCUGACGGGCAAAGUGGCCAUUGUGACGGGCGCGACGGUCGGGCUGGGCCUGGAGACGGCACGCCAGCUCCUGGACCUAAACUGCCAGCUCAUCCUGGCCGUGCGCGACGUCAAGCGAGGCGAGCAGGCGCGCCGCAAUCUUCUCGAGGGGCGAUCCCCCCCGCUGCCCGCUGAGCAGAUCGCCGUGUGGCCACUAGACCUGGCCUCGUACGAGUCGAUCCGCGCCUUCGCGGCGCGCACGCAGAGCCUGCCGCACCUGGACAUGGCCGUGCUCAACGCCGGGGUGUACAAGGUGGACGAGCAGUUCGACCCGACCACGGGCUACGAGGAAGGGGUGCAGAUCAACUACCUGGCCAACGUGCUGCUGCUGGUGCUGCUGCUGCCGGUGCUGUACGCCAAACGCCGCGGACCCCAGCAGCCCGGCCGACUCGUGCUGGUCAACUCGGACACCGCGGCGUGGAGUGCCUUCCGGGAGCGCAGCGCGCGGCCCCUGCUGCCUGCCUUCCAGCGCCCGAUGCAGCCCGCCUGGAACAUGCAGGAGCGCUACGGGGUGUCCAAGCUGCUGGGCCAGUUUUUCCUGGUCGAGCUGGCCCAGCGCGUGCCCCCGUCCGCCGUCACGGUCACCAGCGCCAACUGCGGCAUGUGCUACGGGUCGGCCAUCGGGCGCGAGGGCGCCGGCCGCGUCGAGGGCUACGCCUGGGCCGUCAUCUCGCGCAUCCUGGGGCGCUCGUGCGCGGUCGGCGCCCGCACCUUUGUUCAUGCGGCGGCAUGCUUCGGCCAGGAGGUCCAUGGCCAAUAUCUCGAGGAUGCCCGGUUGCGGCCCCUCGCCCCGAUCGUCUACCAGUCGGAGGGCUUGAGGAUUGCGAAACUGCUGUGGGAGGAGACGAUGGAGGAGCUGUCGUUUGCGGGCGUGCGGGAGAUCGUGGAGGAGAUGGCCAAGUUGAAGUAGUAGUAGUUGUAUUUAUUCUGAUCAACAUGCAUGCCCUGACGCCCAAUCUUCUGUUGCGA